AUGAGGUAUUUGGGCUAUGACAAUAAUACCUUCGAUCCUUUCUUAGCCCUCCUUUUGAAAUACAAAAUUAUACAUGUUUAUAUAGAGCAUGUUUCAAUCACUGAUUUUGGUAAUGCUGAAAACACAAGUUCUUUUGUUCACUUACUUACUUCUAUGCACAACCCUAUUGAGUUUGGAGGUGUAAAAGAUAUAGAGAUAGACUAUGAUACAGAUGGAACUGAUGAGGAUGACAUGGAGGUUGUCAAUGCUAGGGAGAAAUGUAAACAAGACCAAAGAAAACAACAUGAUUAUGAGGAAGAGCUAAUGAUGCUUAAGAGGCUAGGUGAGACAAAGGGCAAAAACAUUGACGAUUUCAACAUUGAAUUUGAUGGGGGUAGUGAUUUAGACAGCCCAAGUGAGUCUGAUGAGGAUGACUGUGGUUAUCUAGUUGCUCCUGAACCACAUAAAAACAAACAAACAAAAAAGAAUAGGCUACUGGAAGAAGGUGAUAGUAGUAGACAGUCAAAGUUUCACAUAGGCCAACCAUUUGAGAAUGCCAAAGCUUUUAGAAAGGCCAUAAUUGACUACUCCAUAGAGGUAGGUAGAGACAUCCCAUUUUCAAGAAAUGACAACAACAGGGUGAGUGCAGUGUGUUCUAAUAAGAAUAAAGGGUGUCCAUGGAGAACCUGGGCUUCAUGGGAUAAAGGUAAAAGGACCUUUAUGGUCAAGACACACAAUCCUGAUCAUACUUGUGGGAGAUUAGCCAAGGUGAAGAAGAUGACAUCUGCAAGGAUUGCUUCGAACUACCAAACUAAGUUCAAAGUAAAUCCGUACAUGAAGUUGAAUGAUAUUAUGGAGACUGUGUGGCUUGAGUGGGGUGUGAGAGUAAGUAAAUUUAUGGCCUAUAGAGCAAGGAAGAAAGGACAAGCUUUAAUUGUUGGUGAAUACAAAGAGCAAUAUGCAUUGCUUCCAAGAUAUGCAGCUGAGGUACUCAAAAGUAACAGGAACAAUACUGUCAAAAUACAUAUGGAUGGGAAUAUGUUCAAGAGGAUUUAUCUUUGCUUUGAGGCAUUAAGGAAAGGGUUUUUAGCAGGCUGUAGACCGUUCAUCUCACUUGAUGGUUGCUUCCUUAAGGGUCCGUUUGGAGGUCAAUUGUUAGUGGCAGUCGGUAGAGAUGGGAACAAUCAAAUGUUCCCAAUUGCUUGGGCAGUGGUUGAGGUGGAAUGCACUGAUAGUUGGAGAUGGUUUUUAUCUAUAUUGGCAUUAGAUUUAGGGUGUGUCCAAGGGGCAGGAUACACAUUCAUGAGCGACCAGCAAAAGGGCUUGUUAGCAGCAGUUGCUGAGGUGUUUCCUGAAGCCGAUACCAGAGUGUGUGCAAGAUAUGUCUACUGCAACUUUAGGAUUGUGUUUGGCGGUGGAAUGGAGUUCAGAUUACAGUUUUGGGUCAUUGCUAAAUGUACUACUGAGAAUGAAUUUAAAGCACAGAUUGAGGUUAUGAGGGGUAUAUCUAAUGAAGCAGCAGAUGAACUAAUUAACAGAAAUUACAAGAAGUGGUGUAGGGCAUUCUACACCUCAAUGUCAUGUUGUGAUAGUGUUGACAACAACAUGAGUGAGGUAUUCAAUGCUUACAUCCUAGGCAGCAGACACAAGCCAAUCAUCACCAUGCUUGAAGACAUAAGAGAGGGACUGAUGGAGAGAUUGCAUAAAAAAAGAGAUGAGAUUAGAAAGAAAGAAUUGCUACUAUGCCCAAGGAUACAACAACAGGUAGAGAAACACAAAAUUUGGGCAAGAGGGUGGAAUGCAUUUUGGGAUGGUGGGUUUUGCUAUGGUGUUAGGGAAGGAUCCACUCAAACAAAAUAUGUUGUGAACCUAACUGAGAAUACUUGCAGUUGUAAUGGUUGGCAAGUUAGUGGAAUUCCAUGCAAGCAUGCAGUGGUAGCAAUAUGGAACAAAGUGGAUGAGCCUGAACAGUACGUGAGUGAUUAUUUCAGAAAGGGCACGUACAUGAAGGCUUAUUCAUACCUAUUGGAGCCUUUAAAUGGUCCGCAAGAGUGGCCAAAUUCUGAGACAUUGAUGACUGCCCCCCCAUUGAAGAAAGUUCGACACAGGCCUCAGACGAAAAGGAAGUUGCAAGUAGGUGAGGCAACAAAGUCUGGAAAACUGAAAAAGGCGGGCAUUGUCAUGACUUGUAGCACCUGUGGGAUUCAAGGACAUAAUAAGAGAGGCUGCAAAAAUGUCCCUGAUGAUGAAAAUAUAAGCAGCAACAACAAUAUUCACUAG